AUGGUGAGACCAAGGAGGCCAAUUGAUGUGCCCGAGGAUGAGUUACCUAGGGGUGAUGGGAACUACGCCAUGGGUGACCAGAGUAGGGCAGUGCAGACUGGAUGCACCAAUGAGCGCUUCUUGGCGCAUAGGACCCCUGCCUUUAUUGGGGAUGAGGAUCCAUUAAAGUCCAGAAGAUGGAUUGAAGACCUUGAGAGGACGUUUGAAGUAUGUGGGUGCAUUGAAGCCCAGAUGGUAUUGUAUGGGAGUUAUAUGCUGCAAGGUGAAGCAGCUAAUUGGUGGCAGACGAAGCGGCAACUCCUAGAAAUGGAGUUGGGAUCUUUUGCUGCAGUGUCAUGGCAGCGUUUUAAGAAGGAAUUUGACGACCGUUUCUUCCCUAUUUCGGUGAGACGACAAAAGGCUAGAGAGUUCAAUGAUUUGGUUCAAGGUGAUAUGACGGUUGAACAAUAUGCAAGGAAAUUCAUGGAGCUUGGGCAGUUCGCUCCUCACCUCAUUGCCACCAAAGAGUUGCGAGUUGAGCGUUUUCAGGAGGGUCUGCGCCACGAUAUACGUAGACAAGUGGCUUGUCUUCAGAUUAUGGAAUUUCAGAAGUUGGUGGACUUGGCCAGUAUCACAGUGCGGGAGAAUAACUUUGCAGUGGGCUCCCCUCCGGGCCAGAAAAGGCGGAGUUUUGUUGGCGAGGGAAGCAGUUCUGGAUCUCCACAAAAGAUUGUUCAGAGGACUGGGGCCCGUUCACAGACAACCUCCGGUGUUCGUGCUAGAGGCCAGACUCCAGUGUGCCCUAGGUGUAGUAGAGCUCAUGAGGGCGAAUGUGGUCAGCGGGGAAUUCAGUGUUUUAGAUGUGGCCAGCCGGGUCACUUUGCUCAUGAGUGCCCCAAUCAAGCUCAAGGAGGUAGAGGAGGACGACGUGGUGGCAGGGACGGCCAGAGGCAAUUGGUUCAAGCACGGGUCUAUGCUAUGACCCCAGGUGAUGUGGACCAUAAGGAUCCAGAGACCCACGAUGCAGGGGUGAUUACUGCUUCAAGUAGAGUUCGUAUAUAUGAUUUUUAUGCAUGUACCCUGUUUGAUUCUGGGGCGUCUCAAUCCUUUGUGUCCGCUACGUUUGCACAGAUGUGCAACUUAAUCACAGAACCUCUACCACAAUCCUUGGUGGUGGCUCUUCCCAAUGGCGAGAUUGUGUGUUGCUCCAAGGUUGCUUUGGGUUGUCCUUUGGUUUUUGGUGAAAAGACACUUGAGGCAGAUUUAAUUGUAUUCAAGUUGUUGGGGUUUGAUAUAAUCCUGGGUAUGGAUUGGCUGCAUCAUUAUUGUGCAAACAUAAAUUGUAGAAGUCGGGUGAUUGGCUUGCAGCUUCCGGAAGGAGACUAUUUGGAAUUUAUGGGAAGUAAAUUGAAAGCGAAACCGGUAGUUAUAUCGGCUGUUCAAGCAAGGAAGGAUAUAGCUUGUGGUGCAGAUGCUUAUUUGGUUCAAGUGGUGUCUACACCGUCUGAGAAGAGGUCUAUAGUGGAUAUUCCAGUUGUGGAAGAAUUUCCUGAUGUGUUCGUGGACGAGUUACCCGGGCUGCCUCCAGUUCGGAAGAUGGAAUUUUCUAUUGAUCUGGAACCUGGGGCGGCUCCUGUGCAUAAGGCUCCUUACCGCAUGGCACCGGCCGAGUUAAAGGAGUUGAAGACUCAAUUGCAAUAA